AUCUAGGAAACCACCAGCAGGCCAGGCUGGACUGCCCCAUUUCUAGCCCCCUUUCUGCUCUGCGGACUGCCCCAUUUCUAGCCCCUUUUCUUCUCUACCCUUUUCUGUAGAGUGCGUUAGACCCAUUUUACAGAAGGGAACUCUGAGACCCUUUCUUCUCUGCGGGGCAGGGUGUGUGGUUCAGAGGAGCCGCUUCCAUCCUCAGUUCUGUCCCUCAGCCCUGGGUGACCUCAGCAUUGAGCAUCGUCUCUGAGCCUCAGUUUCCUGUCUAUAUCUGGUGCCACCAGGCAUUAGAAACGGAGUCUCUUGCUCUGGUUCUUGCUGUUCCUGCUCCUGCUGCCGCCGCUCCCCAUCCUGCUCGCGGACCCAGGGGCGCCCACGCCAGGGGCCUCUUUGGGAGGAAGCCGCAGGCACCAAGGGAAAUGAGUUCCCUUUCUCCAGCCUCUAACCGUCUGGAGAACCCAUCCUGAUUCCCAUUGCCAGUGGAGAAGGUCUCCCCUGGUGAAGACCUCGGGAGAACAUGGGAGAUGGAAAUACAUUUAGGAGCCGGGAUGCUUCCUCUGGGGUGUAAGAGAUCCCCAUUGAGCAGAUGAGGAAACUGAGGCUCAUGAAUCCCUGUUGUUACUAUCCAUGCCAGCACCAGGGCAUCUGUGUCCGCUUCGGCCUUGACCGCUACCAGUGUGACUGCACCCGCACGGGCUAUUCCGGCCCCAACUGCACCAUCCCUGGCCUAUGGACCUGGCUCCGGAAUUCAUUGCGGCCCAGCCCCUCUUUCACCCACUUCCUGCUCACUCACGGGCGCUGGUUCUGGGAGUUUGUCAAUGCCACCUUCAUCCGAGAGAUGCUCAUGCGCCUGGUACUCACAGUGCGUUCCAACCUUAUCCCCAGUCCCCCCACCUACAACUCAGCACAUGACUACAUCAGCUGGGAGUCUUUCUCCAACGUGAGCUAUUACACUCGUAUUCUGCCCUCUGUGCCUAAAGACUGCCCCACGCCCAUGGGAACCAAAGGGAAGAAGCAGUUGCCAGAUGCCCAGCUCCUGGCCCGCCGCUUCCUGCUCAGGAGGAAGUUCAUACCUGACCCCCAAGGCACCAACAUCAUGUUUGCCUUCUUUGCACAACACUUCACCCACCAGUUCUUCAAAACUUCUGGCAAGAUGGGUCCUGGCUUCACCAAGGCCUUGGGCCAUGGGGUAGACCUCGGCCACAUUUAUGGAGACAAUCUGGAGCGUCAGUAUCAACUGCGGCUCUUUAAGGAUGGGAAACUCAAGUACCAGGUACUGGACGGAGAAAUGUACCCGCCCUCGGUAGAAGAGGCGCCUGUGUUGAUGCACUACCCCCGAGGCAUCCCACCCCAGAGCCAGAUGGCUGUGGGCCAGGAGGUGUUUGGGCUGCUUCCCGGGCUCAUGCUGUAUGCCACGCUCUGGCUCCGCGAGCACAAUCGUGUGUGUGACCUGCUGAAGGCUGAGCAUCCCACCUGGGGCGAUGAGCAGCUUUUCCAGACGACCCGCCUCAUCCUCAUAGGGGAGACCAUCAGGAUUGUCAUCGAGGAGUAUGUGCAGCAGCUGAGUGGCUAUUUCCUGCAGCUGAAAUUUGACCCAGAGCUGCUGUUCGGUGUCCAGUUCCAAUACCGCAACCGCAUUGCCAUGGAGUUCAACCAUCUCUACCACUGGCACCCCCUCAUGCCUGACUCCUUCAAGAUCGGUGGGGGCAGGAACAUGGACCACCACGUCCUGCACGUGGCUGUGGAUGUCAUCAGGGAGUCUCGGGAGAUGCGGCUGCAGCCCUUCAAUGAGUACCGCAAGAGGUUUGGCAUGAAGCCCUACACCUCCUUCCAGGAGCUCGUAGGAGAGAAGGAGAUGGCAGCGGAGUUGGAGGAGUUGUAUGGAGACAUUGAUGCGUUGGAGUUUUACCCCGGACUGCUUCUUGAAAAGUGCCAUCCAAACUCUAUCUUUGGGGAGAGUAUGAUAGAGAUUGGGGCUCCCUUUUCCCUCAAGGGUCUCCUAGGGAAUCCCAUCUGUUCUCCGGAGUACUGGAAGCCGAGCACAUUUGGCGGCGAGAUGGGCUUUAACAUCGUCAAGACGGCCACACUGAAGAAGCUGGUCUGCCUCAACACCAAGACCUGUCCCUACGUUUCCUUCCGUGUGCCGGAUGCCAGUCAGGAUGAUGGGCCUGCUGUGGAGCGACCAUCCACAGAGCUCUGAGGGGCAGGAAAGCAGCAUUCUAGAGGGGGGAGCUUUGUGCUUGUCAUUCCAGAGUGUUGAGGCCAGGGCUGAUGGUCUUAAAUGCUCAUUUUCUGGUUUGGCAUGGUGAGUGUUGGGGUUGACAUUUAGAACUUCGAGUCUCACCCAUUAUCUGGAAUAUUGUGGUUCUGUUUGUUCUUCCAGAAUGCUGAACUCCUUGUUAGCCCUUCAGACUGUUAGGAGUGGUUCUCAUUUGGUCUGCCAGAAUACUGGGUUCUUAGUUGACAACCUAGAAUGUCAGAUUUCUGGUUGAUUUGUAACACAGUCAUUCUAGAAUGUGGAGCUACUGAUGAAAUCUGCUAGAAAGUUAGGGGGUUCUUAUUUUGCAUUCCAGAAUCUUGACUUUCUGGUUGGUGAUUCAAAGUGUUGCGUUCCUGGCUGAUGAUCCAGAACAGUGGCUCAUAUCCCAAAUCUGUCAGCAUCUGAGUGUCUAGAAUGUGGAUUUGAUUCAUUUUCCUGUUCAGUGAGAUAUUAUAGAGCGGGAGAUCCUAAGGUCCAACAAGAAUGCAUUCCCUGAAUCUGUGCCUGCACUGAGAGGGCAAGGAGGUGGGGUGUUCUUCUUGGGACCCCCACUAAGACCCUGGUCUGAGGAUGUAGAGAGAACAGGUGGGCUUUAUUCACGCCAUUGGUUGGAAGCUACCAGAGCUCUAUCCCCAUCCAGGUCUUGACUCAUGGCAGCUGUUUCUCAUGAAGCUAAUAAAAUUCGCUUUCUAAAGUU